CCUGACUUGACCCUAACACACAUCUAACACAGACACAGCGGCGGUAACAUCACACAUUCGCCGGAGCUGUCGCUGCAAAAAUUACCUUCUGCAAUUUUACAUUCCCUGAGCUUCCUGUCCGGAUUCAGAAGGCGGAGGGAAGAUGGCUACGGGAAGGACAAAGACACAAGUCGUUAUCGUCGGCGCAGGCUUGAGCGGCCUCAGUGCUGCCAAACUCUUGAACGAGCAUGGCGUGGAAACUAUCGUGUUGGAAGCGCGGGACCGUGUCGGCGGACGCACCCACACUAUCAAGGGCCCAGGUUUUGGGUAUGUUGAUGUGGGCGGAGCCUAUGUUGGUCCCACCCAGAACCACAUGCUGAAACUGGUGAAAGAGCUGGGGAUACAGAUGUACAAGAUCAACACUGAGGGAACAUCUGCAGUAUGGAGAAAGGGUAAGAAAUUCACGGUUGAUUCAGAACAAGUUGCCGUGACCAACCCCGUGUGUCUACUGGACCUGCAACAUCUCUUCAGAACCCUGGACAGGAUGGGGUCUGAGAUUCCCCCAGAAGCUCCCUGGAAGGCUCCCCAUGCCAAAGAAUGGGACAGUCUAACCAUGAAAGAUGUGUUCGACAAACUGGUAUGGACAAGCUCUGUGCGGAGAUUUGCAGACAUGUUCAUACACAUAAACAUGACGUCAGAGCCACACGAGGUCUCCGCUCUGUGGGCCUUGUGGUACAUCAAGCAGUGUGGAGGAGUGAAGAGAAUAUUUUCUGUUGAUAAUGGUGGACAGGAGAGGAAGUUGGUGGGAGGGACCCAGCAGAUCAGUCUGCGGCUGGCCGAGUUGCUAGGCAACCGGGUGAUGCUGAACAGCUCGGUCUCCAAGGUGACGCAGACUGAGACAGGCAUCACCGUAGAUACACUGAGUGGAGACGGGUUUCAGGGGGAGUACUCUAUCGUGGCCAUCCCCCCUCCCCUGCAGCUCAGGGUGUCCUUCAGUCCCAGUCUCCCCCCUGUGAGGAACCAGAUGAUCCAGCGUAUGCCCAUGGGCUCUGUCAUCAAAACUAUGAUGUACUACGAGAAGGCCUACUGGCAAGAGAAGGGGUUGUCAGGGAUGGGUGUUAUUGAAGAUGAUGACUGUCCUGUGGAGUUUACCUUAGAUGACACCAAGCCUGACGGAUCCUACCCUGCCAUCAUUGGAUUUGUUGCUGCUGACAAAGCCAGGAAGUACACCAACUAUAGUGAAGAUGAAAGGAGGGACCUGAUAUGCAAAGGAUACGCUAAAGCAUUUGGCCUGAAAGAAAUGCUACAUCCCACCUGUUAUGUAGAGAAGAACUGGUUGGAGGAGCCGUAUUCAGGAGGCUGUUACACCACUGCGCUGCCCCCUGGUGUUCUCACACAGUUUGGCAGGAUAGUGAGGGAGCCUUUUGGACGUAUCUACUUUGCUGGAACAGAGACGGCCACCCAAUGGUCAGGUUACAUGGAGGGGGCGGUGGCGGCUGGCCAGAGGGCAGCUAGGGAGAUCCUCCAUGCCAUGGGGAAAAUUGAGAAAGACCAAAUUUGGCAAGAUGCCCCUCAGUCCCAGGAGGUCCCAGCUCUUCCAUUUGUUGACUCGUUUUAUGAGGCCUAUUCUCCGUCCAUCCCUGGUCUACUGAGCACCAUCGGACUGACUGCUAUCCUGGGCCUAGCUAUUGGGGCCAGCUUCAUCUUGUACAACAAAUAAGUGUGGUUUUAUCUUGAAAGUUCAUCUGUGUUGGUAGAAAUCAUUAUGAAGCAAGUUUAA